AUGCGCUUCCUCCGCCAGCUGCUGCCCGUCGCCGUGGCGGCUCUAUUCGGGUCGUCGGUGGCGUCGGCAUCAGAGCCUCGCUGCUUCCCCGAGAAGUUCAUGUUUGGCUCGGCUACCGCUUCGUACCAGGUGGAGGGGGCCGUCAAGGAAGGCGGCCGCACUUCCAGUAUCUGGGACGAUUUCUGCCGUGAAAAACCCGGUAUGAAAUGUGCCAACGUGGCCGACGACUUCUACCACCGCUACAAGGACGACGUAAAGCUUAUGGUCAAGACUGGCCUCGAGUCCUUCCGCUUCUCCGUUUCGUGGUCGCGUGCCAUGAACUGGGACCCCGUCACACGUCGCAUGAAGCCCAACGCUGAAGGUAUCGCUUGGUACCACAACCUCAUCGACGAGCUAAACGCUAAUAGCAUCGUACCGAUCCUGACCAUCUACCACUGGGACCUGCCCAGCGAAUUGCAAACGGAGUUGGAGCCCAAGGGCUGGCUCAACUCGGAGAUCGUCGACCACUUUCUUGAGUACUCGACUCUGCUCUUCAACGAGUACGGCAGCAAAGUUCAGCUCUGGACGACGUUCAACGAGCCUCUGUCUUUCGUUGGUGCAGGUUAUGGCCUGGGGAUGCACGCUCCCGGAUACUCAGGCUCGGACACGCAGGCGUACACAGCCUCCCGGAACGUACUUCUGUCCCACGGUAAGGCCGUACAGAAGUUCCGCGAGCUCAAGACUAGCAGUGUUAUCGGCGAAAACGCUCGCAUCGGUAUUGUGCUAGUGUCCAACUGGUACUACCCCUUGGACCCCAACAAUGAGCGCGAUGUUGCUGCUGCCAAGCGUGCGUUCGACUUCGAUUUCGGCUGGUUCCUGAACCCCAUCGUGAACGGCGACUACCCGGCUGUCAUGCGCGAGCGUGCUGGUGACCGUCUUCCUAAGUUCACGGCAGAGGAGUCUGCUCUACUCAAGGGCUCGUACGACAUCUUUAUGAUGAACCACUACGCGUCGCGUGCCAUCACAGACUGUGACUCGGACCGCUCGAACACGCCGUGCUCGACCCUUUUAGCUGGUUACCCAGCGGACAAGGGAGUAGACGACAGCCACCUCAUGCCUGGCACGCGUGCCGGCGUCCCGGAUCGUUUCGGUAACAACUACUGCAAAAUGUUCACCGGUUAUCCGCCCGGAUACCUCGAUAUGAUGCGCUAUCUGCACAAGCAAAACACCACGGUCGACAUUCUACUGACGGAGAACGGAUGGUGUGGAAACGAUGACGUGGACAAUUACGACCAAUUGUGGUACUUUAAAGCGUUCGUUGAGCAGGUGCACAAGGCCGUCGUGGAGGAAAAGAUCCCCGUCAUUGGAUAUACAGCGUGGUCGUUCCUGGACAACUACGAGUGGGGCUCUUACGGCCCGCGGUUUGGCAUGUACUACGUCAACUUUACGGAACAGACGGGAUCUCCAAAUUUCUACGAGCCCAAGCCUACGGACCUGGCUCGCAUUCCUCGUCCGUCGGCUAGAUGGCUCAACAAGGUGGCUACGACCAAGUGUCUGGAUGGAUGGAGUGACGUUAGCAACAUCAAGGCUCAUUCGACCUCGCACGAGAGCAAGACGUCGAUCUUUGGAAUUGUGUUCGGAAUCGUCGCCCUCGUUGCGGUUGUGAUUGGGAUUGCUGUGGUGGUUGUGUAUCGUCGUCGCCGUAGCGGCUACGAGCCUCUCUUGUCUCGCAAUUAG